AUGCCAGGAUAUCUGAUCAAGAACGGUCGAGUCCUGAUCUGGGACCAGGGGCGGAAAUCGUCGUUCCCUCAGCACGACAUCCUCGUCGAAGGCAAUUUGAUCACUAAGGUUGGGCCGAACCUCGAGGUCAACGCCAGCGAUGCGUCCAUCCAGGUCAUAGAUGCUACCGGCUGUAUCGUGACUCCCGGGUUCAUCGACGGCCAUCGACAUGUCUUCCAGUCCCAGCUCCGGUCCACGGUCAGCAAUCACACCCUGCUCGAGUACUGCGCGCAUCUGCUGCAAGGGCGGAUGGCGUUCCUAGGCCCCGAGGACAUGUACCUCUCGCAACUGUCGGGGGCGAGCGAGGCUAUCUUCUGCGGCGUGACGACUGUCAUGGACCACUCGCACGUGGUGGUGACGCCGGACCACGCGAAGCGCUGCAUCCGGGCUACCAUCGAGUCCGGGAUCCGGAGCGUGUACUGCGCGUCCCCAUUCGCGAUCCCAAUGUCGCUCAACCCCAUGACGCUGCCGGACAUGACGGUGCACCACGCAAAGCAGAUCGAGCUGUUCAAGACGCUGUGGAGCCAGCAUCCGCUGGGCGGGCCGGGCAACGACGGCCGGCUGACGCUGGGGCUGGGCUUCGACACGAUUCACUGGAUCCCCGAGGCCGAGGCACGCGAGAUCCUGACCUUCACGCGCGACAAGGACAUCCCCGUGACGUUCCACGACGUGCCGCGAUACAACCUCCCCUCGCUGGCAUUCCUGCGGGACAAGGCCAUGCCGGUGCCGGCGCACACGACGUUUUCGCACACGUGCGAGCCGUCUACGGCGGACAUCGAGUUCGUGCGGGCGCGGCAAAUUGGCAUCGUCACCACGCCCGAGUCGGAGAUGGCCAUGUCACACGGGAUCCCGUCGGCGUUCGACUUCUACCGGGCUGCAGGGUGUCGCGUUGGGCUGGGCAUCGACUCGCCCGCCAUCUGCUCGGGGGACCUGUUCUUCGCGAUGCGGCUGGCGCUGCAGCAGGAGCGAAUGCGGGCCAACGCUUCCUUCCACGCGCGCGGCAAGCUCCCGGACCUGGUGCCCGCGCACACCGACGACGUGUUGUAUAUGGCGACACUGGGGGGCGCGGCGGCGAUUCACAUGGAGGACAAGAUCGGAAGUUUGGAGGUGGGCAAGUUCGCCGACAUUGUGCUAGUGCGCACCGACUCGCCCUCAAUGGUCGGUAGCGUCGACUACUCGGCUGCGCUGGUCACGCACGCCACGCCAGCCGACGUCGACACCGUCCUGGUCAACGGCGAGGUGCUCAAGCGCACCGGCCGCCUCGUCAAGGUCGACUGGGACGACCUUAAGGUCAAGCUGGCCCAGAACCGCGACGUCCUCGAGCAAAAGUUCCAAAAGGUCAACUGGGAAUGGAACAAGAACGACCUCAAGGAUCUGUGGGGGGUGCGCAGCGUGCUGGAGUGA